UCCAAUGAUUUCAAUGAUGUCAUUUGACUGGAGUGAGUAAAACUUCCCUUACGAAGAAGUUGAUAAAAAUCGACUUGAAAAAUGAACAUAACGCCUGAAAAUUUCAGUCUUGGUACAAGUGGAGGUGGUGGUUUUGCCUUUGCAUCUCAACCGAUAGAUUUGAGUGGUAAACUAGUUAUAAAAGCGCAACUUGGAGACGACAUACGCCGAAUUCCAAUUCACAAUGAAGAGUUGACAUACGACGAGUUGUUGUUGAUGAUGCAAAGAGUAUUUAACGGACGUCUAAAGAGUACAGACGAUGUUACUAUUAAAUACAAGGACGAAGAUGGUGACCUUGUUACUAUGUUUGACAGUUCUGAUCUUGCAGUUGCCAAGUCUAUGAGUCGUAUUAUUAGAAUUACCUUAUUUGUCAAUGGGAUUCCCAGACCACCAGAGCAUUCAAUGGUGGAAGAAUUUCGAAGAGAACUGACUCAUCUGAGAGAUAAAGUACUUUACCUGCUUGAUAGGUUAGACACAGGAAGUGAAAGUACAUCUGGCGAUCAGAAGCAAARUGCAUCAAGUAACCAAGAUAUUUCAGCUAAACCAGUACAGCAACAGCAGCCAGAACAAUCAUCCAAGCCCCAGCAGCAACAAGCUGUAGAACCAUCAUAUCCAAGAGUGAACACUGAACUGUUUGACCCACUUCAGGCUAAAGACCAGACUGUUAGCAGCUCUUCUGACACAGGAUCUACAGUGACUAGUGAUUAUCCAUCAAAUCCCCCCACCACAAACAAACCACUACAUGCUGCAACAUCUACACAACAAUACCARCAACAGCAACAACCUGGCUCAUAUUCAAUGCCACAGAAAUCUCAAGGUUUAUWUGCACCACAAACCCAGCCUGUGUAUGCAGCUGCCUCAAGCCAACCUUACCCAACAUCAACGCAGCCUUACAACUACUCUGCUACUGGAUCAGGAUCCUAUGUGCAAAGCCAACAAACAAAUUACCAGAACUAUUCAAGUAACCAGAUKCCAUCAAGUAUGAAUUAUACUCCGGGUGCUCCACCUGCAGACGAGUAUAACAGAUCAUAUUCACCUCAAGUACAGCAGCAGCAGCAGCAGCAGCAACAACACCAACAGCCAGCAGCUUCAGUACAGCCAGGUGGCUAUGCUGCUAGUGGUUAUCCACCUAAGACAACUUACACACAACAACAACAGCCUUCUUAUAGUAACUAUGGCAACUACUAUAACCACCCACCAUCGUAUCCACCUCAGUAACUAAGUGAGUUACAAUAAAAUAACUACUAUAUGACUGCCCCAAUCAUUGUUGAAAUUACUAAAACGAACAGGAUCAAAGAMGUGUAAAAUAUCAGUGGAAAUAGAACUACAUCUGUAACGACUUGUUAAUGGAGUUGUUGUUUUUUAAAGAAAGCUUUAACAGAGUCAACAAUUUACAAGAAAAAAACAAAUAAAUAUAAUUUAGGACACGUCGGACAGUCAAAUAAUAGAUUUACAAAAUCUAGGAAUAUAGGUUAAAAUAUCAAUUAUCAUGUGGUAGAAAUUGACCUUUUUAAAGUUAUGUAAAUGUAAGGUACAUUUCCUUUGCGUUUGGUCUAYCACACGAAACCACCGAAAGCGAUUACCGUAGCCGGAUAUUUUUGACAAGAAAAUGAUGAUCACAAGCAUAAUCUUCACAAAUUGUGCAUGGUUUUGGGUUGUACGUCCCCGUAUAGACUACAUGAAAAAGGGCGUGGCUAUCGUAACGCCAUAGGCUAUGAGUUGUUCAAUAUAGCAUUAUUACUCGUUGGAAGAACAAAUUAUAAUGAGUAAGAUCUGAAAGUUUCAUUKCUCAUAAAUUUAGGACCAGAAAUUAGAGGUGUUUGAAAUUGGAAACGUUUGAGUGAAAAUCAGUAUUGAUGCGUUACUUUUCAAAUGCUCAUAGCUCUGCCGAUAUUCUACAUUAGACAAUAAAACUCCAGUUUACUAGUUUCGAUAUACUGUUUCUAAGAGUGUAAACAGAUUUUUAAAAAUCUGGAUUGUUUAAGGUGCUUAUUCCCAGUCUUCUGCUCGUUUUUCAUUUGGUCAAUUGACAUACUCUUGAUUUAAUUAAAAAAAUGCAACACAAAACCGCGUACAAUUUUUUUUUGUCACAAUGUUUAAAAAUGAGUGAAAAUCGUUUUGUUUGAACUGAGCGCGCCGGUGAGACAUGACGAUGUCAAGCAUGGUGUGGUGAAUAUAAGAAUACGUUGUUUAGAAAUAUCCGGAUACGUGUUAACGCUGCCUGUAAAACAUUUAACGAUGUUUGAAGUGCUGACAAAAAAAAAACAAAAAAAAAAAACAAUAAAGUACUUGAAAGACUGCCAAUGUUACAAUGUUUCUAUUGCAUUUCAAUUGGCAAGUCUUGUAAGAACUAGACCAGUUUGCAUGUCAUUGUUCUGGUAUUAAUUAAAAUUAUGCAAUUUGACGAAA